CUCUCUCUAUCUCCACCCAGUCCACUCCACUCUCUCUCCUCUCUCUCUCUCUCUCUUAAACCCUUUCGUUCUCUCCAAAAACCCUUGUGCUCUCUGGCACUCGACCUCGACCAUCUCGAGUCUCUCUGCACACGCUCAAUCCAUCCAAUCAUGAGCUCCUUCCCCAACUCCACAGCCGGCUUCGACAGCCUCCUCCUCCAAACCCUGAUGGGCCGCCUCCAAAUCCGCCCUCCCUCCACCGCCGCCGCCCGCCCCCCUCCCCUCUCCCUCGAGGACCUCCUCUUCGACGCCGUUAACAACCUCUCCGAUCUCGACGACGACGACGACGAGGACGGCUACGGCGCCGACGAGUCCGACCCCGGCAGGUCCCGGCUUGCUAGGGAAGAGGCCAGGCUCGAGAGGGAGAUCGUCAAGGUCAUCCUCUCCGGGAAGACUGACUCGCUCAAGCCCAACUCGGGCCAGGCCGUCACGAUCGGCGAGCACCACAUCUGCGUCGGGUUCCACGAGGAGACCGGCUCGGACUAUCGCGUGUGGGAGUGGCACGGCCACAUCAUGCUGUUCGACGACGAGAACGGGUACUCGCCGGAGUACAUCUAUGGGAAUUACUUCGAGAGGUUGAAGGGUAAGGGCCGUGAAGUCAAGGAGGAUGAGGAGAAGGAGGAAGAGGUGAAGGAGCAGCAGGAGGAGAAGGUGAGGAAUUUGGGGUUGAAAGAGUUGAUUGACGGGGGUGAUUCUGGUGGUGGUCGGAUUCUUCACAGGAACUUGAACGGGGCUCUUCCAGGUUUUAAUAGAGCUCACCCAGACAUUGCAAAGAAGUGAAAGAGACUUGGAAGGAGAUAUUGCUGAAUGGUGUUUUUUCCCUUUUCUCCAUCAGAAAUGACAUGUGUAAAGCCUCCAUCAUCUCUCAAGCUCUUCAAAUUUCAGGUUUUGUGAUUCUGCUGUGUCAUUUCUGAGUCAAUAUAUAGAAGGUGGACAAUACAGAAGACUCGUUUAAGCCUGUGUUGUAGAAUAAACAUGCUACUUUUUGUCGGACGUA